UUCAGCUUCCUCUCUCUGUCUUAUCCCUUUAAGCUGUAAACUCUUGGAAGCAGGGACUGGCUCUUGCUGUGUGUAUGUACAGCGCCGAGCACAGGGGGGCCCAGGAUCUCACCGGGGGCCUCUUAGCACUGAGGUUAAAAAAAAUAACAACAAUCCAUGGUGGCAAGGGCUGACGGUAUGCGGGACAGAAGGGAAAGUUCAAGCCAGCCCAGCCUCCCUCUGGCAGCAGCAGCCCGGCCCCCCUAAAUGGGAAAGAACCACUGGAUGUCAGAAGCUCCAGUCUGUAUCCUUGAGCCAAAUUCAUUGUUGGGUAGCUCCAACCAAGUGACCGCCGUGGGGAGGGGCUGGGUUCUGCUCUCAGGUACGUCCCUGGAGUAAUUCCACAGACGUCAGUGGAGCGACUCUGGCUUCACUCCAGCAUAACUGAGAGCCAGAUACAUCCAGGUUAGAUGAGUCUGCGAGUUCUCCAGGAACACCCGCCCUGCAGACCUCAGGAUGCUACUAGUUACUCAUAGGAGGGAUAUGCCCUGAUGGCUAAAUCAGGCGACUGAGAUUCAGGACCUCUGGGCUCCUCUCUGGGAGGAAAAGUGCUCUAGUGGCUAGAGCAGCAGGUGGAAUUCAGAAUACCUGGGUGCAGCUGGCUACGCUCCAGGGACUGGGGUUCACAGGGCAUUUUGGUGUUUGUUCCAAUUUGGAAUGAAAGCAAAUUUACUGAAAUUUCCUGGCAACCUGGAGAUCCCUAAAAAUUCCAUUUCUAAACCCCCACACUGUGGCCUUUGCGAAAGGGCAUGUGAAAUUGACCCUCCGUGGCUGCUAUUGACGAGCACGUGUGAAACUGAUGAGACCAUCAGUUUUGCUCAGCUGCUCAGCAGAAAGGAGCUUGCCAUUUUCAGGCAGCCCAAGCCCCAGCUCUAGCCAGGGUUCUGGCAGCUUGUGGGCUCCUUUCCAAGGAGCUGGUGCGCUGUUUUCUGUGAGCCUGCCAGGUCCCCAGCCCUGGCUGCAGCUGGGGGUUACACAGAGGCUUGCCCACCACUGUGCCCUGCUGACUCUCUGCCCCUCGCAGCAACCCAACUGGAGGGAGAUAGUCAACAAGAAGCUGAAGUUUCCCAGCGAGCUCCUCGACGCCAUCCAGGAGGGGGACCUGUUGCAGGUGCAGCAGCUGCUGCAGGGGAGUGACGGGAUCCUGCAGCAGCAGGCCGAUGGCGAGGACCGUGCAUGGCGGGAAGCCCUCAACCUGGCCAUCCGCACGGGCAGUGGGGAGAUCACCGGGGCCCUGCUGCGCUAUGUUAAGUUCGACUUCCGCCAGAUCCAUGAGGCCCUGCUGGUCGCCGUGGACACCAACCAGCCCCAGGUGGUGAAGAUGCUGCUGGACCGGUUGGACCAGGAGAAGAGCAUCAAGAUGGACAUCAAGUCCUUCUCCCUGGCCUUCUUCGACCACUCCAUCGACAAUGCCUGCUUCGCCCCCGGCGUGACGCCGCUCACCCUGGCCUGCGAGAAGGACCUCUAUGAGAUCGUGGACAUGCUGGUGCGGAAAGGCCACUCCAUCCCCCGACCGCACAAGAUCUCCUGCACCUGCCUGGAGUGCAGCAACGGCCGCACGUAUGACCUGCUCAAGUUUUCCCUCUUCCGCAUCAACACCUACAAGGGCAUCGCCAGCCGGGCCUACCUCUCCAUCGCCAGCGAGGAUGCCAUGCUGACCGCCUUCAAGCUCAGCCGGGAACUGCAGCGCCUCUCCUGCAAGGAGCCAGAGUUCAAGCCAGAGUACCUCAGCCUGGAGCUGCUGAGCCAGGAGUUCGCCUUCGAGCUGCUGGGGAUGUGCCGUAACCAGAGCGAGGUGACAGCUGUGCUGAAUGACCUGGGGGACAGCGAGGAGGAGGAGAAGCUGGACAGCCAGGCCUUCGAGGAGGGCAUCCCCAACCUUGCCCGGCUCCGGCUGGCCGUCAACUACAACCAGAAGAGGUUUGUUGCCCAUCCCGUCUGCCAACAAGUGCUGUCGUCCAUCUGGUGCGGGAACCUGUCAGGCUGGCGUGGGAGUAACACGCUCUGGAAGUUCUUUGUCUCCUGUUCCAUCUUCCUGACCGUGCCCCUUCUGUGCUUGUUGUACUGGAUUGCCCCGAAGUCGCGGGUUGGCAAAAUGCUGAAGAUCCCAGUGAUCAAGUUCCUCCUCCACUCGGCCUCGUACUUCUGGUUCCUGAUCUUCCUGCUGGCGGAGUCCAUAGUCCUGGAGCAGAAGCACCACAUCUUCGUGGGACGCAAUCAGACCCUGUGGGAGAACUCCCUGCACAUGCUCUGGGUGGCUGGCUUCUUCUGGUACGAGUGCAAGGAGGUGUGGAUCGAGGGGCUGCGCAGCUACCUCCUGGAUUUGUGGAACUACCUGGACAUCGUCAUCCUCAGCCUGUACCUGGCCUCCUUCACGCUGCGGGUGCUGGUCGCCGUGAGGGGCCACCUGCACUGCCUGGACGCCCCUUCCUCGCCGGGGUGCUACUACUUCACCAGAGCCAGACGGCACGAGUGGCAGCCCGAAGACCCCCAGUUCGUCGCCGAGGUGCUGUUUGCGGUGACCAGCAUGCUGAGCUUCACCCGCCUGGCCUACAUCCUCCCCGCCCACGAGUCCCUGGGCACCCUGCAGAUCUCCAUCGGGAAGAUGAUCGACGACAUGAUCCGGUUCAUGUUCAUCCUCAUGAUCAUUCUCACCGCGUUCCUGUGCGGACUCAACAACACCUACGUUUACUACCGGGAGUCCCAGCGGCUGGGGAACUUCAAUGAGACGUUCCAGUUCCUGUUCUGGACCAUGUUCGGGAUGGAGGAGUACAGUGUGGUGGACAUGCCCCAGUAUGCCCUGGCGGAGUUUGUGGGGUGGGCGCUCUAUGGGAUCUUCACCAUCAUCAUGGUCAUCGUCCUUCUCAACAUGCUCAUCGCCAUGAUCACCAACUCCUUCCAGAAGAUCGAGGACGAUGCGGACGUGGAGUGGAAGUUCGCCCGCUCCAAGCUCUACCUGUCCUACUUCAGGGAGGGCCUGACGCUUCCUGUACCAUUUAACAUCGUUCCCACGCCAAAGUCCCUCUUCUACGCAGUCAGGGGCAUCUUCCGGUUCAUUUGCUGCUCCAAACCCAAGAGACAACCGGAUUACCCCCCGAUUCCCACCAUCGUUAACACCGCCCUGGAGGACAUCGGCCUGGGCGGGGAGAGCCGCCGUACCUAUCGGCUGCAGGUCAUCAAGGCUCUGGUGCAGCGCUACGUCGACACGGCCAGGCGGGAGUUUGAGGAGAGCAGGCGGAAAGACCUGGGGAACCGUAUCACCGAGCUGAACAAGUCGGUGUCGCGCCUGCACGCGGAGGUGAAGUGCCUGCAUCACAGCCCGCCUGCCCGCCCUGCCCCCGCCAGCCCUCUGGACGGGGCCAGCCCGCUGCACAGAUACAUCCUGCGGGUCCAGGACAACUUCCAGAACUUCAGCCAGGCCUCGGGCAGCUCCGGCCCGGGCUCCCCGGCCCAAGUGAUGGUGCACCAGGACGGGGCUGCCGGGAACGACCCCCAGCCCUACCCCGAGGAGCUCUCCCUUGGCCCCCAGCACAAGAUGUCUCUCGGGGAGGGGGACCGAGCUGGAGAGCCAGAGGACCCGAGUUCCCGUCCAGCAGAGGAAGCCGACUCCGGCCCCAGCCUCUAGCAGCUCAGGGCAACGUUUGCACGGCGGCCUGGAGCCAAGCAAUAACAGCCACGCCCAUCACGUCUAGUGCAGCCGAAGGAUCCCAAAGCAUGUUGUAUGCUGCUCCUGCUGGCUUGUGCCCCAGCUCAAGCAAGCAGGGAGCUCGCUGCCUCUCCCACACGGGGUGGGGGUUGAAGCAUGGUUGAUGGUCCAGUCAGGCUCCUGGUCCACCAGGCAGCUGCUUUGAUAGAGAGCAAUGCCUGAGUAGCCGAGCUCCCCGCCCAGUCAUUAGGCAGAUGGGCUGUAGCACCAGCUAGGUUUCUUUUACUUUGAGUCAAUGUUUAUGUCAAGUCCUUGGGUGUUACAAACUGGGCCCCUGCAACUUGAAUAUAGAGUCCCGGAGAAAAUACCUCCACCCACUGUGCCCACCACUGACGUGCUCCCCCCUCUUGGGUGCAAUGAGGCAGCUGACUGACAGCGAUUGUUUGUUUGAUCGAGUGCUGCCUGGGUCACAGUGGAAAGGGAGAGAGAGAGAGCAAGGGCCAGAUGAUUUAUUUGAAGCAUGUCUGAGCAGGGGACUAGCCCAGUGGCACGGGACUAGCACAGGGCACUGUCAUGCUGGGGAUCCUGCCGCAGGGCCAGGCUGGGAUUGCUGCAGGGUGCUCGGAGGGGGGUUGACUUGUCCUCUAGGGUCCAGCUCCAUGUGAUGCUGGAGCAGGACAGACAGGCUGCGGAGUGAGCUGUGUGCAGCUAUUGUAUAGACUGUCCCAUGUAGCUGUCUGGGAGGGAAAUCAAGGGCACUCCUAGAGACACCGAAGCCAGUCCCUGCCUUCCUGGCCUGCCAGCUGAGAUCUUGCUCAUAGUCUGUUAUAGGUGCAAUUCUGUGAUCAGGAGGUAGCCAGUUAAUGAACCCAGGCUGCCGCAGCCUUGAAGUGUGGUUCUGCUCUGACACGUGACUGGCCGUGUGUGUGUGUCUGUGUGUGUCUGUGUGUUUGUUUUUGGGGAGGGGGGGAAUCCAUGCUUGUUGUGGCUCAAUGACUCCAGCUCAAACGGUUCAAUUUGCGAUAAGAAGAAUAUAUUGCUUUGGGUUUUUUCUUUCCUCCUCUAAUCGCCAGCUCCACAAAUUCCCACUGGGAUCUGAGUGUCAAGCUGGGUUCUCUUCUGCUUCUGUGUGCUCCUGGGAACAUUUCCACGGAGGUCGGUGGGCUUAGGAUCAAAGCCUUCAGCACAUUUCUCACGCCAGUUUAGUUAGUGCCCAGCUGUGUCUGCUAUAGAAGAUUGACUAGCUAGAUUCCUGAAGCCUGGGAGCUGUCGGGAAGUUUAGAAGAUGUAAUAUUCAGACAGGCUCUGUCCUGGCUUCUGAUCUGUAACUUGUUAUUUGUAGCCCCAGAAAGUGUACUAGGUUCUGCCUGGGUCUUUAAAACAAUGCACAGUGGAAGGGUCUAAUAAAUAUCUUAUCUCACCGUGGAAACAGGAGUGAAUCAAGCCCCACUUUGUGUCUUUAACGCCUUGUAUUCACAUUGUAGAAUAAACUAUUGCUUGGUCCCAAUAAAUACAGCAACCCUGUCUUGCACUGCUGUGUCACUCGUCACUGGGGAAGGUUGUAACGUUGCACAAGUG